UCUACUCGACAGAGCCUAUAUUUUGAGGUUUCUCUCUCUCUUCUAAAACCCUUUUCAUUCUUCUCCUUCUUUGGUGGGAAAAAUUACUUCCAGAAACCCCAAAUUGAAAACCCUAGAAACCGAUUCAAACCUCACACACAUCCUCAGAGUUUUCUUUUUCAAAAAAAUGGGUACAAAUGUACAAAGAACACCAAAAUCAGCAGGAAAAUCAUUGUUUUUCCAAGAUUUAGCAUCACCAAUUGCAACACAUAGAGGUAAAUUUAGUACACCAGGACAAGCAGCAGCUGUAUCAGCUUUAAGAAGAGAGAAUUUUGGUGGUUCAGAUCCUCCGCCACCACCAUGUUUCACAUUAGAAGAUCGUGUUGAGUUUUCACCGGAGUCUGGUAUGUCAGAUUAUCCUUUGUCAUCUGAUACUAAAUCUUCAGAUAUUAGGACACCAAUGAGAGAUUAUUAUGGAAGUCAUGGAAGGGAUGGGAGAGAUGGGAGGGAUUCUGUUACUCCAUUGAAGAGUAGAUUUGAGGCGAGUUCUUCGUUUUCUGCUCAGCAGCAGAUGCAGCAACAGACUCCACAGAGUGCGAGUUGGUGGUCACCGGGUAGGAGUGAUAAUGAGAGGAAUGGUGGGGUUGAUGAGGAUUGGGGUGGGUUGAAGGGGAAAGGGUCACCUGUUGAAGGUGUUGUGAAACCUGGUUCGUUGAUUACACUUCCACCACCGGGGGAGGUUGCGAGGCCUGAGUUGCCGAAGAAUAGUUUUCCAGUGGGGAAUCUGGAUGAGGAGGAGUGGGUAACUGUAUAUGGAUUUCACCCAGGGGAUACCAAUUUUGUUUUGCGCGAGUUCGAAAAAUGUGGGCUUAUAUUGAAGCAUGUUCCUGGCCCUGGUGAUGCUAACUGGAUGCAUAUCCUCUAUCAGAAUCGAUGUGAUGCUCAAAAAGCACUUUGCAAGAGUGGGAUGCAGAUCAAUGGAGUUCUUAUUGUGGGUGUGAAGCCUGUAGAUCCUAUUCAGAGGCAGGCACUUGAUGAAGAUGUGCAGAGCAAACAGGGUUUUAUGACUUUUCCUCCACCAUCAUCUAGUAAGCGUGUAGACAUGAUGCCUUCAAGAGCUUCCUCGAGUCCUCAUUAUCUUCAAAACGGUAAUAGUGCACAGCGUUCAGCCGGUGCGAUUGCUACACCUGCAAAAUCCAUCGUAUCCAGAAUUACAGAUAUAAUGUUCGGCAUCUGAUGACUGCUUUUGUAAAAUGUGAAUGAGGUGAAAACUAUUUGGGACUGGUUCUGCGGUAAGGGUAAUUGGAUACUUCAUAACGAAGUGUGUUGGGCUUCAGUUCAGUUGUCCACUAAUGCUUCGAGCUUUCUCAUGCCCCUUUCCAGAUUGUCACUGGAACAUAGUUACAAAAAAGUGCUGUAAUUUUUGGAGUGUCAAUUUCUUGUAGUUUGUUUACAGUCUCAAAUGUUUAGAUACUUACCACCUUUUCUUGUUUUUCUCUGAAUCUGUUGUGCUAUGUAUGGUUUUGUUUAUCCUUGUUUGUCCUGUAGAUAAAACGAGAUAAUCUAACUAGCAGCUAUUUAGCCAUGCAA